ACAAGUGCAAAUUCAACAGGUUGACUGAGAUGCGGAGGAAUUCGCGUUUGGGAAGCACAGAUACUUUUUUCAGCUUCUGAGCGUCACUGAAAGGAAGACAAAAGAGCUGAAUCGGAAGCUGAAUAAAUGGAAAAUACUUCUUGGACGAGGUUCACUGCGCAUGGGCAAACUACUGACUGUUUUAAAGACCUUUAGUUGUUCCAGACGCUCGUGCUGUUUAUCUGAAAACCCCGCUCCGUUCUUGGCCUCGUGGUGCUGUAUUUAUUUGGGCUGCUAUGGCGCUGAAACGCGUCUUUCUGCUGCACCUGCUGGUUUCUUCGGUCCGAUCUGCGUCAGACUCGGUGUUGAGAGCAGCGUUUGGUGCUGAUGAGCGCACUGACAGCGCGACCACGGACAUGGUGGCGCAACACAUGUUCAAACUGUACGAGAGGUACAGCAGAGAACUGCACGGACCUAAAGAGGGAAACACUGUGAGAAGUUUUAAAGCAAGGCCUGAAAACGUGGAGCAAAGAGUUUUGUACCAGUUGAAUCUAACUUCCCUCCAAGAGUCUGAGGAGAUUCUCAUGACCACACUCCAUUUCUUCUUUGAUAAGCGCCCCCGCCAGAGGUCCUGGUUCUGCAAACGCAUCAAGAACCCUUCCUGCCGUGUCCAGAAUCUUCACCAGCUGCCUUCAUUUCAUCUUCUUUUCAGAGGUCCUUCCUCUGGUUCUUCUCUGGGGUCUUUGCUUGGGAACAUCACCUUAUACCCUCACAGAAGGGGAAUAUGGCAGACCAAGGAUGUGUCUCACAUCAUACGGGAGGCUAGAUCUAGGAAUCAGCUUGUAAUAACACUGGAGUUUGAUUAUGGAGAAAAGUAUCAGAGAUAUCAGGACCAGCUCUCAGCAUUCAGCCUGCCAUACAUACUGGUGUAUGCCAAUGACCUUGCCAUAUCAGAGCCCAACAGUGUGGCCAUGAGCUUACAGAGGUAUGACCCUUUCCCUGCAGAUGAGCAGACUGCUCAGUCUCCAAAUUCUUCACCUGAUAUGCGCGUCAAGCGGGACUUAUAUUUUCCUGACCCCAUCCAGAACAAUGAACUCCCUGAGGUGGAGUAUGACAGUUUUAAGCAGCACGAUAUGUGGGAAAGCACUUAUCAAGCACUGAAGCCAAAGCCCUCCAAGAAAGAACGGAGAAAGAAAGUUCGAGAGCACGCUGAUGGAGUGAAUAAGUCUCAGGUUCUCAGCUUUGAUGAGAAAACCAUGAAGAAAGCACGCAAGAGACAAUGGAAAGAGCCUCGCAGCUGCUCCAGGAGGUACCUGAAGGUGGACUUUGCAGACAUUGGCUGGAGCGAGUGGAUCUUAUCCCCAAAGUCCUUUGAUGCCUACUACUGCGCUGGAACGUGUGAAUUCCCCAUACCUAAGGUUGUUCGGCCUUCCAACCACGCAACUAUCCAGAGUAUAGUGAAGACUGUUGGUAUCAUUCCAGGCAUCCCAGAGCCCUGCUGUGUACCUGAGAAAAUGAACGCCCUCAGCGUGCUGUUCCUGGACGAGUCCAAAAACAUUGUUUUAAAGAUCUACCCCAACAUGUCUGUGGAGACGUGUGCUUGUCGAUAGGCCGGACGGUCAGUGUAGCAGUUCUUACAUUGACAGGUGUUGGGGUUACAACACCGAAACUAAACGUGAAGAGGCAUAUUGUCUGUAGCUCACACUUAUUGAACAAUGCACACUGCAAGGUUACGUUGUUUAAGGGUCGUGCACCCUUCCAGUUUCCUAAAUCAAAAGUUUCUUUUUGUCUGUAAUGUGUGUUUCAUUUUGGUGAACUUUUUCCACAAGAGAACAACGUGUGUAAAAUUAGUUGAAGACAUGGUUUAGAUGUUCACCAGUUAUUGCAUUGCUGCUUCCUUUGUAUAUAAAACAGUGAGCCAUUAUUUUAAGGUGGUUCUUGAUCAUACAGAUUGUUCUUGAGCUAUAUUCUAACAUAGAAUAUAUUCUAGUACAACAGUGAAAGGUUUGUUUAGCACCAUGUAGGAAUUUCGUGGAGGAAGAAGAGUUUAUGUAAAUAGUUUGGAAUGUAAAUCUGUGUCCAUAUAAAUCACACUCAAUGCUAUAAGUUUAAGUAACCAAAGUACUUGGUUUGAGUUACUUUAAAUAGUAUCAUAUUUAAAUCACCUUCAAGCUCCUAAACCAGCUGAGCUUUCAUGUCCAGCAUGUAUCAGAUAGCACUGGCAGAGCUCUAAACAUUAUCUGCCGAUUCAGCCUCAGAAAUAAUAAAGAGGCUUUGAAACCAGUCUUUGGUUUCAUUGAACUAACAAUAUUCGACUCAUAUUCAAAAGUUAUAUUUGGAAUAUUUCCAAGUGGCUGUGUGUCAUAAGUAGACUACUCACCAAGGUCACUGAUGCGCUAAAUCCUCUGAGAGUUUGUCUUACUUUUAGAGAUGUAAUACAAGAAAUUCAAGUCUCCAUGGUGGAUUAUGAGGAGAAUGUUUGCUAUUUUAUCUCCCUAUUCAUUUCUAUAUAAUAGUAUUUAAUAAGUGAGUUAUGUAUGAAAUAUUUUGAGUGUGUCUGUAUGUAAAACAUAUGAUGACCUUUGAUUCACUAUGAUAUAUUUUAGAGGAUGUAUUUUUGUACGUGUGUGUGUUAAAUUAUGAAAUGAGAUUAGCCAUAUGUAU